CCCCCCCCGCUUCAACCAUGGCGGAACGUCAACCUCGCGAGGCGUCGGCAAACCCCAAUGAGACAACCAGCCCGUCCCCGCGACCCAGCGUAGAUCGUUCGCCCUCCGUGCGAGAAGUACCUGCGCUCGUCUCGCGGAUGUCCCCGUCCAACCAUCAUCACCGUCAUAGUCACAGCCUCAGUGAGACUCUCCGUGGCGUUAACCCCGGAUCCCCACGGUCGCGGCGGCAGCCGUCCUUGACGCAGGCCGCGAUCCAAAGCCUCAUCGAUAACCCGCCUGUGCGCAAUGCUCCUGAUCCUGCUUUUGCCGGUCGAGACUGGCGACAUAUCUCAAUCGGAGAGCUGGUCAGUCCGAAUGAUCUCAAGUUUGUCGAGCUCGAUACCGGGAUUGAGGAAGCUACGAAUAUCUUGAUCACAUCUGACGUCGCUGUCCUGUUGGUCCGGGAAACACCCCAGGACACCGCUGCAGUGGCUACGUUUGACUAUUCGGAUCUGAAUGCAUAUCUUCUUCUUGCGUCCGGGUACACGCAGCCCGACGAAGAGCAGCUUAGCUGGUACAAUGAACUGGCACGGAAAGCGAAAGAAGGGACGAAGAUCCCGUUGAGAGAUGUUAAGAAUCUGGGAAAGAAGGAACCGCUGACCAAGCUCCCGGCCUCGGCUAAUGUGUUGACCGCGGUCGAGGCGUUUGGGGGUGGUAUACACCGUGUUGUGGUGGUUAAUGAAAACAAUCCAGAUGAGGUGGUAGGCAUCUUCAGCCAAUUCCGGCUCGUGAAGUUCCUCUGGGAGAAUGGCCGUAGCUUCCCUGUGAUUGAGCGGUUGUAUACGCAAAGUAUCAAGGACUUAUGCAUAGGGUCUCAGAGGGUGAUCUCGAUCAAUGGGGACAAGCCCCUGUGUGAAGCGUUGCAGCUGAUGAACCAAGAGGGAGUCUCAUCAGUUGCGGUCAUUGACAAUCAUUUCAACGUGAUUGGCAAUAUCUCGACGGCUGAUGUCAAGCUUCUAACACGCUCGACGUCAUUGAAUCUCCUUCGUAACACAUGCAUCCACUUCAUAUCGGUUAUCCUGUCUACACGCGGCCUCGUAGAAGGCAAGGAUUCGUUUCCGGUUUUCCAUGUCAAUCCCUCGUCGACCCUGGCCCAUAUUGUGGCCAAGAUGGUGGCGACCAGAUCCCAUCGACUGUGGGUGACGGAUCCGCUUUCACCAUCAUCUUCAGGGUCCCCAGCCCCGUCACACUCAGCCGGAAAUCUCCCCAUGCCGACAGCAGGUAGCACGACACCGGCAUUGGCAUCGGCACCAAACUACCGACCUACAAGUUCCAGUUCUAACAAAGCUCUCUUCUCAUCCCCUUCUUCCCGGCCUACUUCUCCAAUCGGAGCCCCGGCAGCUGCCUCCCAGGUAUGUACACUCACGCAAGCGCCAAUCCCGGCGUCUGCUCUGCCGGGGAGUCGACUAUCUGGUGGACUGGUGGGAGUGGUGACAUUGACGGAUGUUCUAAACCUGUACGCGCGCGCGAGCGGGCUGAGCCCGGCUGAUCCGGCGGAAUCACGCAGUCGACGACGACGAAGCAGCAGUUCGAGUGUGAGUAUUCGACGGAGUGGGGAGCUUGGACAGGAGCUUCUAGCACGAUAUGGGUAGGUUAGAGCGUGCAGUAUGAAAACGGGUCGAAUGUAUCUCCAAUAUAUCUCUCGAUAUGUAUUCAUCAUGCAUUAAUAGUGUCAGUCUGAUAGUAUAGUCUAAAUAUACAUUAGUGAACGUGAAGAGAAAAUACCGAAGAUAGUCGUCGGAUAUUCAACCAGGCUAUGCAAUGGCGAACAAAUAUAUUAAGUGGCAAGAAGGGUUAGGUUAUGGUAGAUAUUAUACGAGCACCCUUGGGGGUGUCUGUAGAGAGGACAGAAUAGUAAUCAUGGUCAACAGGAUCGGUAUCCAUUGGAGUUGUGUACGCUGUAUCAGUGUAUGGGGUAGAUAGAUGGAAAUGAAAAUAAUAGUUAGAUGAAUGAACUAGCAAUGCAUAACUAUU